AGAUCUCAAACUCACACCACUCCAUUGCCAUUUGCUUCUGUACUUUUGAUUCCUCAAAAGGAGAAAGCGCAAAGGGCAAUAUCGGAAUUAUUAUUAUGGCCGACGGUAGUACUAGUUCUUCGGAGUCGACCAACGCGUGCGGCGGUGGCAGCGGCGUAAGAAGAGAGAUUAUGCUGUUCGGCGUCAGGGUUGUGCUUGAUCCGAUGAGAAAGUGCGUGAGUUUGAACAAUUUGUCUGAGUAUGAGCAGACGGACGAGAGUCCGAAGAUCGACGGCGAGGAUAGAGAUGGACAAGAUAAGACCAAAACCCCCGCUGGUUAUGCCUCGGCGGAUGAAGCUGUUCCGAUGUCUUCUUCCAACGGCAAGACCGAGAGGAAACGAGGAGUACCAUGGACUGAGGAAGAACACAAGCUGUUCUUGCUUGGGUUGCAGAGAGUAGGGAAAGGUGAUUGGAAAGGAAUCUCCAAAAACUUUGUCAAGAGCAGGACCUCUACACAAGUAGCUAGUCACGCUCAGAAAUACUUCCUCCGGCGUAGCAAUCUCAACCGUCGCAGGAGAAGAUCUAGCCUUUUUGACAUGACUACUGACACGGUCAUGCCCAUGGAAGAUGAUCAAGUGGUUAUGCAGGAGAACACAUCACAAUCAUCUUCUCUUGUACCAGAAAUCAACAACUUCUCUGUACAUCCAGUUAUGCAAGUCUAUCCUGAGUUCCCUGUACCAACAUCUGGUGGUGAUGCAACAGGGAAUCAAUUAUUCGGACAGUUUGCUUCCUCGAAUCUCAUCGGUUUGGUUCCAUCGACCUUUCAAGCAAGGCCUGCACCGCUCUCCCUCAACCUCUCACUAGCUUCAUCUAAUCUGAAAGAGCCAUCUUCUUCAAUGCAUUCAGCGUUCAACACGAUUGGAGUCGCUUAGAGCAUAUCCGAAAGGUGAAACAUCUGCAAAACACCCUGUUUGUUUCUUUGUUGUACAGAUAGGUCUUGACUUUGUUAUAAAAAUUCGUCAAAAUCAUGUAUUUGGCUACAAAAUAUGGGGAAAAGAAUGAAUAAUAAACAGAGAUUGGAGAUAGGACUUAAGUGAGUGUUUUUUAAGGGUUCAUGAUCAUCCUUUUUUUUUUCCUUCCAUGUUUGGAAGUUGUUGUAAUACUCUCUAAGUUCAUUUGUGUGGAGCUAUCAAAACUUAUAUAUGUAUAUCAUAUUAACGUUAUGUUUUUAUUCAUGA